UAUAAAAUUGCAAUGUCAAUUUAUACCCGUAUUUAUACAUGGCAACGAAAUUAAGAUUUUGUUCAGUCAUAUUUUGUAAACCACUCUUCAUUAUCAAUUUCUGGAAACACAAAACUAUUUAUUUAUUUAUUUAUUUUUAACGCCAGGUGGUUCAUCCAAACAAAAGCCUAUUUGAAGUCACUGAUGCUAAGUAUCAACUUUAUCCUCCUAUGCUUUAGAGGAGUUGCACACUAUGGGCAGAAGGAAUAAUACAAAUGUGUCUGACUUCAUCCUCAUGGGACUGACAGACUCUGAAGAGAUCCGGCUGGUCCUUUUUACUCUAUUUCUCCUGAUAUACCUGGUUACUCUGCUGGGGAAUACAGGGAUGAUACUAAUAAUCCGCCUGGAUCUCCAGCUUCACACCCCCAUGUAUUUUUUCCUCAGUCAUCUUUCAUUCCUUGACCUCAGCUACUCGACAGUCAUUACUCCUAAAACCUUAGAGAACUUGCUGACUUCUACCAAGUAUAUCUCAUUUGUGGGCUGUUUCACUCAGCUUUAUUUUUUUGUCUUCUUGGGUGCCACUGAAUGUUUUUUUCUCUCUUCAAUGGCCUAUGAUCACUACGUAGCUAUCUGCAACCCUCUACAAUACCCAGUUGUUAUGUCCAUGACACUCUGCCGCUCCCUCAUCACUGCAUCCUAUGUGAUUGGCUUCAGUGUCUCCUUUGUCAACAUGCUUUGCAUAAACACUUUGCAUUUCUGUGGUUCCAAUGUAAUCCAUCACUUUUUCUGUGACACACCCCCAAUUUUAGCCCUGUCCUGCACUGACACACACAACAUUGAGAUCAUGGUAAUUGUUGUUUCUGGCUGGACGUUAAUGGUGUCUCUUACCACGAUCUCUGUGUCCUAUGCAUCCAUUCUCUCUACUAUCCUGAAAAUCAAUUCCACUUCAGGAAAGCGAAAAGCCUUCUCUACCUGUGCCUCCCACCUCCUGGGUGUCACCAUCUUCUACGGUACCAUGAUUUUUACUUAUUUAAAGCCAGGUAAGUCCUACUCCUUGGGAAAGGACCAAGUGGCCUCUGUUUUUUAUACGAUUGUGAUCCCCCUGCUGAAUCCACUCAUUUAUAGUCUCAGGAACAAAGAAGUGAAAAAUGCUCUAAUUAGAGUUAUGCAGGAGAGAACACAAGGCAUGUAAGACGACAGUGAUGUUCCCCAUUUAACCUCAUAUUUUCUUUCUUUCCUAGUAGGUAUUUCUUUGGGUUUUCUCUCUAAAAACAAUCUAAUCUUUCAAUUAGUCUCUGUUUCUGUUGAGCCAGUCUCUAUUUAACUACGUAUGAUCUUAGACAUCUCCAGCAAUAAGCUUUUUUUAGAAAUCUGUAUUGUAAUUGGAAACCAGUAAAUAUGAGUUAAACUUGUCAUUUAAAUAUAUAUGCUUUUAAGGGAAAUUAAUGUGCAAAGUAAGAAAAUAUGGUAUCAUCUUUUAAACUAUAUCAGACCAACCUUCAUGCAUGUCUGAUUUCAAAGAAUUUAGUUAUGGGCAAUGGAGCCCUGGUGGCCCAGUGGUUAAGAGCUCAUCUGCUAACCAAAAGGUUGGCAGCUCAAAUCCAUGAGCUGUCCAUUAGAAAUCCUGUGGGGCAGUUCUACUACUGUCCUGUAGGUCACCAUGAGUCGGGAUUGACUUGGUGGCAAAGGGUUUGGUUUGGUGGUUUUUUUUAACUGUAUCAUACCAACCUCCAUGCAUAACCAAUUUCAUAGAAUUCAGUUACGGACAUUAGCUACACUUUGUGCAUAAUGAUAACGGUUUCAGAAGUCAGUUUAUGUAUUAUACAGAGAAGAAGUAUAGCACAAUGGUUAAGGGCAGUUGUUUUAGAGUUAGGCAUGGCAGAGUAGAUUCCAGGUCUGCUACCCUCUUAGCUGCAUGACCCUUAAUAAGUUAUUAACACCUUAAGCCUCAGUUUUCUUAACUGUGAAAAAGAAAUUAUUCCUGGCCUAUAAAGUUUAAAUCUGACAAAAAGUACAUUUUGUACAGUACUAAUAAAUGCUGCUCAUUUUCAUUAGAAUAUGCACAUCCUUACAAUAUUUGUAACAUGUUUGGACCUAGAAAGUUGUAAACUCAACGGAUUAAAACCUUGCGUACAGUUCUGUAUCGUUGGUGUAGACUUGCCAUACAUUUGAAAAUCCUAUGUGUCUAUGAUUGUCAACAAGCCUCAAUAAAUUACUUCCAUUGGACUUCUGGAUAUUUCAAAAAAUCAUUGUCUUCACUCGGAUUUCUACAGAUUCAUUAUGUUCAAUAAAAAUAAAUUCUCAAGUUAAAUGCUUCACUCACUUGUUUUAAAACUGUCAGUGGGAAAAAAUAUAAAGUUAAGAAUAGACAAUGAAUUCAGGAUUAGAGCAUUCCAGAAAUUUUGGUCAAGGAGAUUGCUAAAUAUAUAUAUAUUUUGUGAUAAUGCCUAGAUACACUAGUAUUGUAGUUUUAAUUUUCUGUGUUGUUCAAAGAUUAUUUCAGGAAGUUUUAUUUUAUUUUUUUUCCAUUUUCCAUGUCUUAGAUACUUAAUUUCUGUAAUGGUUUCUACAUAUGUUGUUUGCAUUCAGGUAAAGCCAUUAUUUUUU